AUGGCUGAGUCGGAACCCACACCCGAGCAGCUGGCCGCGCUCGCUGCAGCCGCCGAGGAGCCCGACUGUCCGGUCAACUACAAACCUCCAGCGCCGAAGAGCUUGCAGGAGAUCCAGGAUCUUGACAAGGAUGAUGAGAGCCUGCGCAAGUACAAGGAGGCGUUACUGGGCAGCACUGCUGUGAGUGCAGAUCCAAACAAACCAAACAUCCAGGUGACGCGAAUGACUCUGCUAUGUGAGGCUGCACCAUGCCCUUUGGUACUUGAUCUGCAGGGAGAUCUGGAGAACUUUAAGAAGAAUCCAUUUGUGUUAAAAGAAGGUGUGGAGUACAGAAUAAAGAUCAAUUUCAAGGUUAACAAGGAGAUUGUAUCGGGUUUGAAGUACAUUCAGCAGUCAUUCAGGAAAGGAGUAAAGGUUGACAAGUCGGACUACAUGGUGGGCAGCUACGGGCCUAGACCCGACCAAGAGUACGAGUUCCUCACAACCGUUGAGGAGGCCCCCAAGGGCAUGCUGGCCCGCGGCACGUACAACGUCAAGUCCAAGUUCACCGACGACGACAAACACGAUCACCUGUCCUGGGAGUGGAGCCUCACCAUUAAGAAGGACUGGAAAGACUGA